AUGUUCCCCCGCCCGCUGACCCCGCUGGCAACCCCAAAUGGCGCCGAGCCCCUGGGCCGGACGUUAAGGCGGGCCCCACUGGGCAGGGCCCGGGCCGGGCUUGGGGGUCCGCCCCUGCUACUGCCGUCCAUGCUGAUGUUCGCGGUGAUCGUGGCCUCCAGCGGGCUGCUGCUCAUGAUCGAACGAGGCAUCCUGGCCGAGAUGAAGCCCCUUCCCCUGCAUCCUCCCAGCCGCGAAGGCGCGGUCUGGCGCAGGACGGCCCCCAGGCCUGGGGAGCUGGCUGUGGACGCGGGGGACUCGGAUUUGCAGGUGCGGCAGGACGUCCGGAACCGUACGUUAAGGGCCGUGUGCGGACAGCCGGGAAUGCCCCGGGACCCUUGGGACUUGCCGGUGGGACAGCGGCGCACCCUCCUGCGCCAUAUCCUCGUGAGUGACCGCUACCGCUUCCUCUACUGCUACGUACCCAAGGUGGCCUGCUCCAACUGGAAACGGGUUCUGAAGGUGCUGGCGGGUGUCCUAGACAGCGUGGACGUCCGCCUUAAGAUGGACCACCGCAGUGAUCUGGUGUUUCUGGCUGACCUGAGGCCUGAGGAAAUCCGAUACCGCCUUCAGCACUACUUCAAGUUCCUGUUUGUGCGAGACCCCUUGGAACGCCUCCUAUCUGCUUACCGCAACAAGUUUGGCGAAAUCCGAGAGUACCAACAGCGCUAUGGGGCUGAGAUUGUGAGGCGUUACAGGGCUGGAGCUGGACCUAGCCCUGCAGGAGACGAUGUCACCUUCCCGGAGUUCCUGAGAUACCUGGUGGAUGAGGACCCUGAGCGCAUGAACGAGCACUGGAUGCCCGUAUACCAUCUGUGCCAACCUUGUGCAGUGCACUACGACUUUGUGGGCUCCUAUGAGAGACUGGAGGCUGAUGCCAACCAGGUGCUGGAGUUGGUGCGGGCUCCACCACAAGUCCGAUUCCCCACCCGCCAGGCCUGGUACCGGCCAGCCAGUCCCGAGAGCCUGCAUUAUCACCUGUGCAGUGCCCCACGGGCUCUGCUGCAGGACGUGCUGCCUAAGUAUAUCCUGGACUUCUCCCUCUUUGCCUACCCACUGCCUAAUGUCACCAGGGAGGCCUGUCAUCAGUGA